AUGGCGGUCAGUAACAUCUCUCAUAUCUGGACAUUAGAUGUGAGUCCACACUCGCAGGAGGUCACUGUCAGCAGCCUGUGGAACGGAUGCUCCUACAACAUCACUGUUCAACGCUUCAGAAACAACAUCAGUGGAACCGCCGCCACAAUCACCAUACGUACAGUCCCUGCCAGUCCUGAGGGGUUGCGAGUGAUAAGCGUGUCACCUCGUGCUUUCUCACUCCACUGGUUGGCAUCACCUGGAUGUGAUAAGAACUACAUGGUCCAACUGCAUCCUGACCACGGCAAUAUCAACAUCACCACCACAGAAGAUAGCGGAGUGCAGGCUCAAGUGUCCAAUGUAACCUCUGGAACAUCAUACACUGUGACGGUCAAUGCGGUGGCCUCGUCAGGGUUCAGCUCACCUGUCAGCCGAAUACUCGUCACCACUACUGAAUCCUUACCUGCGGCCCCCUCUAAGCCAGAAGGUGAGCGGGUCGGUUCCAAUGGGAUCCUGCUGUCCUGGCGGAUGCCAGUGCCUCUCGACCCCUCAAUUCACUCAUUUGUCAUCAGAUACAAGGAAAUGUGUCCAUAUCCCGACCCUACCUUCACUGAGGUCACCAAGAGCCUGGAUAUCCCAGAAACCCUGCUGAAUACACUCACCCCUGGAGCUACAUACAACAUCAAGGUUGCAGCAGUAAACAAAGCAGGAAUUGGACCUUUUAGCCAGUCUCUGUACUACAAAACUGCAGAGGCCCCCCCUGGUCUGGUGUCAAACCUCACAGCGUUUGCUGAGGAUCACACGUCAGUGUUAGUGACAUGGUUUCUCCCCGUACGCAUUAAUGGUCUCAUCACUAAGUUUGCAGUAAAAGUC